AUGGUGGAGCUCAAGUUUGAAAGAGAAACCGUCCAGAAAAGGUUGGAUAAAAUUCAGCAAUGGCAAGAGAAACAGGCACCGCCUGAGACAGAAGUCGCCCCAUUAGAGCUGAGUGAAGAAGCCAAGAAAGGUCUUCUGAACGAUGAACUCAAGAACAUGCAAGUCCGAAACGAGCAAAAGAAGAAGCAGGCCACAGAUUGGCGCAUGCAAAACAAAGAGUUAGGACAGAAGCUGCUCAUGGACAGCUCAGAGAUCGAUAGGCACAUAAAGACUUUGGCUUCUGAGCUGAAUCAGGCUCACACUGGCUUCAUCACAUCUUAG